UUAAAGCCAUACAAACAUUUCAUUUCCAAUUUAUUCCUAUAUAUCUCUAUCCAUUUCCCCCAUUAAUUCCUCACAUUUUUUUUCCCCUCCCAUUUCUCAAAAUUCUCCAUUCCCAUCGAAACCCAUCAAAGAAAAAUUCAACCUUUGUGGGAUUUCAUCCAUUUUCUUGGAUCAAAUCCCCUUAGAAAUCCUGUCAUCUUGCACUUUUGCAUAAAAUUCCCAAUUUUGUUGUUGGGUCCAAAACAAAUAUCCUCUCUCAAUUUUUCGGAUUUUUUGCAAGUAUGGAGGUGUCUGUGAUUGGGAGCUCACAGCUCAAUCUUGGGAGGAUUGAUACGGUUGGGUUGUGUAAUCUUAGAAGGAAUUUGAAUGUUAACAUGUUGAGUUUUAAGAAUAAUUUUUCAAAGGGAUGCAAUAUUGUUCAGAGCAGAAGAUUUUUGUGGCCUUCGAGAUCUCAAGUUCUUAGUCUUAGGGCAUCUUCUUCUGCUCAAAACCAACCUCUUGUUUAUGAGAAGAAAGCUUCAAAUAUUACAACAAACACAACCAUCGAUGGCACAAAGCUGUAUGUCGGUUUGCCACUCGACACCGUCUCCAGCUGCAACUCGAUAAACCAUGCUCGAGCCAUUGCUGCAGGGCUGAAGGCUCUCAAGUUGUUAGGGGUUGACGGUGUAGAGCUCCCGGUGUGGUGGGGAGUAGCUGAAAACGAAGCAAUGGGGAAGUAUGAUUGGUCGAGCUACCUGGCCAUAGUCGAAGUGGUGAAAAGUUUGGAUCUCGAGCUUCAUGUGUCUCUUUGCUUCCACGCCUCCGGAGAUGCCAAGCUGCCUCUACCGGCAUGGGUGUCGCGGAUUGGUGAAUCGGACCCGAGCAUUUACUUCACGGAUAAAUCGGGGCAGCAGUAUAAAGAUUGUUUAUCAUUAGGUGUGGAUGAUCUUCCUGUUUUAGAUGGAAAGACUCCACUCCAAGUGUACAAGGCGUUUCUCGAGAGCUUCAAAGCCUCGUUUUCGCCUUUCAUGGGCUCCACAAUCACGGGCUUGACGAUUGGUCUUGGGCCGGAUGGCGAGCUGCGGUAUCCUUCCCACCACCAACGAGCAAUGGGCACGAGUAGUCUUGUUGGGGCCGGGGAGUUCCAGUGCUACGACGUGAAUAUGCUCAGCCUCCUGAAGCAUCACGCGGAGGCACACGGGAACCCUCUGUGGGGAUUCGGCGGCCCCCAUGACGCCCCUGGAUACAACGAGUCUCCGGAGGUGGGAGGCUUCUUCGCGGACAACGGCGGGGCUUGGGAGAAUCAAUACGGCGAUUUCUUCCUCUCUUGGUAUUCAAACCAACUGUUGUCACACGGGGAUCGCAUUCUCGCCCUGGCUGCCUCGACCUUCAAGGACGAUCCGAUCACGUUGUCUGGCAAGAUCCCUCUGAUGCACCCGUGGAGCAAACUGCGGUCGCACCCUUCGGAGCUGACAGCGGGAUUCUACAACACGGCCGGUAGAGACGGGUACGAUGCCGUGGCCGAGAUGUUCUCGAGGAACUCAUGCCAGGUGAUACUACCCGGCUUCGACCUAUCGGACGAGAGCCAGCCUAACGAAUCCCGGUCGAGCCCCGAGUCCCUACUCGCAGCGAUGCAGGCUGCUUGCAGGAAGCACGAGACGGCCGUGUUGGGGCAGAACGCGCUGGUGUGUGGCGCCCCGAGGAGCUUCGAGCAGAUAAGCAAGAACUUGACGGGCGAGAACGCGGUGGCGAGCUUGUUCACGUAUCAGAGGAUGGGAGCGGAUUUCUUCUCCCCCGAGCACUUCCCUCGUUUCACGAAGUUCGUCUGCGGCCUGAACGAGCCGGCUCGAUCUCUCGACGAUCUGCCCGUGGAAGAAGACGACGAGACUGCGGAGUCGCUCUCUGGUAUGAAUAAGCAGAUGCAGACGGCGUGAGUGUGGCAAUUGCUGGCUAUGUAAAUAUGAUCAGUUUGGUCCAAAUGUGUUUUGGCUUUUUGGAGUGAAGCUGCGAAAAUGUGUAAUCUUGUAACUGCUGAGACUGUGGUUAUGUAUGUUGUGCAGAAAGUAGAAACGAUAUAUUGUGAAACUCUUGAUAAAAUGAAACUAUGUUUGGCUCA